AUGCGUUUUGGUCAACGCUCCCGGGGGCGACCCAUAUCGAGCGCGCGCGCCACCCUCGCGCGCGCGAUGGGAUGCCUCGCCAGCCGCCCCCGCGUCGACGAUCCCGCCGACACCUCGCGCGCGUCCCCAUCGGACCCGAACGCGCGCGCGUCGCCCUCCGCCUCGGUCCGCCCAGGGACGGCGCCCGCCGCGACGACCCAUCGACGCCGCGGCGCGCGCGAUAAUCUGAGGGUCCGCGUCCCAGGGGAUGACGACGACGGCGAGUCGAGCGGAGGCGACGACCCGGACGCGGUUCGCGCGAUCGUGAUGGUCCAAUCGCCCGACAUCGUCUCGAACGCCGCCGCGUCCACGAUGCGCGCGUCGCGGGGGCGCUCGUCGCUGUACGAGUCCACCUCCCGCGCGGUCGCCUGUCCCCGCGAGGAGACGCGCGCAUCGACCCGGCGGGGAUCGUCGUCGUCCUCCUCCUCGUCCGCCGCCGCGCGUUCGCUCCCGGGUUCCGUCGGGUCGCGGUGCGGCGGCGGCGAGGGGUCGACGACGCCGGACGCGAUCGAGCUGGAGCGCGCGACGCGGGAGGUUCGCGAGGCGUGCGCCGCCGUCGCCGCCACCUGCGCCGCGACGGCGACGAAAUCGUCGUCGUCGUCGUCGUCGUAUUCGUCCAGAUCGUCCGCGUCGUCGUUGGCCGGUUCGUCGUAUUCAACCGGAUCGUCGAUCCGGGACGAUCCGCGCGCGCCGUACCGCCGCGACCUCGCCGCGGUCGAGUUGGACGUCAUCGCCGCGGUGGCGCGCCUUCGCGACGGCGCAGGGAGCGCGGAGGAGCGCGCGCCGGCGGAGGUUUCGCUUUCACGAAACCGCUCCAAAAACUCUCAUGUAACUCUGAGCGUCGGCGUCGAGGACCCGUCGCCGUCGGACGCGAUCGGAGUCGGAGGAUACGAAAACGCACAAAAAAAGGCACAUCCGCCGUGUCGACCGCCCCGGUCCAUCGCGCGGGUCGGGACGCUGCCGACGUCGGCGCGGCGCGCGGCGGCGGCGGAGCUCGUGCGCAAGGCGAUGCGGAGGUACGAGGCUAGCGGGCGGCGGGGGGGCUCAGCCCAACCGGCGGGGGGCGACGAAAGGGUAGGAGGGGGGCCCUCAAAGUUCGACGAAAGGGGAGGAGCCCCCCCCUCAAAGUUCGACGAAAAAGGAGGAGGGGGGGUUGUUCGAGCACGGCCGGGGGCGCCGAGGAGGGUGACGCCGAUACAGUUUUGA